AUGCAGUCAAGGUGUUUGCUGACAGUGAAGCUUACCUGGUGGCUGGUGGUGUCGUUCGCCACGGUAGGGCACCCUGCAUGUAAGGCCGUAGCGAUAGAAUCACCCGAGCCGGCGUCUCUGCUGCGACCUCGGGAUGUAAAUCCACACCCGUACCAGAAUGCCUACGACGGUAUCGCCAUCUUCGACCGGAACCUCAUUACCAAUAGCGAGAAAUUCACCGAAAAUCUUCUCAAUCAAGGUCCGAUACAGUUCCCACGGUUGCGAGAAGGAAGCACUGUUAACGCACUGCCCUAUCCGUACGAAACGUUGGCCCUCAAGGAACGCCGGCAUAAGAUGGUACGGUUUUCCGGUGGCGAUAGCCAGGCGGUGAAGCCCGCUUACCAGGCGUUGGCCAAACAUGCUGCCCGAGUACUUGGUAAAAGCUAUGCCGUGGAGGAUAUCGAUACUUAUAAUGAAGCCUCUACGAACUUGAAAAAGAACUACGUCUUUUCGUACGCCGUCAAAGAUACGGCCUCGGGUGAUGAUUUUUCGCAUACCCAGCAACAGCAGCAGGACGGUGCAGUCAAAGGCAGCUACAAGGUGCAGCUUCCGGAUGGACGUAUGCAGAUCGUCAAAUACAUCGCCGACAACAAUGGCUACCGGGCGGAUGUUACGUACGAAAAUGAACCGGCAGGCUUAGGGCCAGCCAGCCAACCAGCUGGACCGGUUGUGCCGGUUGCUACGGGAGCACCGAAUUCGGCAGCCUACCAGACGUACUACGCACCAACUGCUGUCCAACAACCGCAACAGCAGUACCUCGCCCAGAUUCGGCCAGCUCGGCUGUACUAUGCAGCACCCAAUCCGAACCAAAUUCCCGCCCCAUUCUAUCCCACUCAAUUGCGUCCAAGCGACGUGAAGAUUCACAGCUACAAUACGGCUCCGCAUGCCGGGGCAGUGAUUGCCUCGACUACAACCCAAGCGACCCCAGCGUCUGGUGCUUAUCUGGCCACUUUCCCGGCAUCCGGCAAUCUGGCUUACAUUGCGACAUCCGCGACAAACGGACCGAUUGGAACGGUACAGCUGCAACCGAAUGGUGGUGGUGCCGGUACGAUCGCGGUCCCCGUCACAGCGAUUCCGCUGGCGGCGUACCGUGACAUCAACGUUCCACCGCCCCCACCCGUACAACCGCUCGGUGUAGCGUUCGCUUCGGCCGGUCGUCGUACGACGGUUUAUGCUGACGGUGCGCGUGUCUCACCCCAGGGCACACUGCAGCAAACGAUCUACCAGCAGCAGCCCGCACAAGCCCAGCAAGCAUUAGACUAUGGCUAUGUGCAGAUUCCCGUUGACAAUCGGGUGUACAAACGGGACACGGACCGUAGUACGGAGGUACUGCCACGUCCGCAAAAGCUCGCCAAAAAGACAGACCAGAAGGCACGGCAUCAAACGAAGCGCCAUCAGCAAGAGCACAAAGCGAUGUAA